CCCGGUAGCCUUGGUCAUGAUCUAAAUAUUCUCUGUCCGUACGAAUCGUCCGCAGCAGAGAAAAGUGAAUUGAAAUACUCUGAUCUCGUCCUAAAAACAACACAAAAUGUCGUUCAUAUCCCGUAACCUCAUCCAAGCUUGCCUGCGGGUUUCUUCCGGAGUCGGCUUCCGGCAAUCUAGUCUGAUGCAUACGAGCCGGGUCUUGGCUGCAGCUCAGGUUCAAAAGCCAGCACCAUCGUUCAAAGGGACUGCUGUUAUCAACAACGAUUUUCGUGAAAUUAAGCUGGAGGACUACCGUGGAAAAUAUUUGGUCCUUUUCUUUUACCCGUUAGAUUUCACGUUUGUCUGUCCUACCGAGAUUAUUGCAUUUAGUGAUCGUAUCCAAGAUUUUAAAGCACUGAACACGGAAGUUGUGGGUGUUUCGGUAGAUUCACACUUCUCGCAUCUUGCAUGGGUUAACACGCCACGGAAGGCAGGCGGGCUUGGUAAGCUGGAAUAUCCGUUGCUGGCAGACCUCACGAAGAAAAUAUCGGCCGAUUACGGCGUGCUGCUGGAGGAGGGUAUAUCCCUACGCGGUUUAUUCAUCAUCGACCCAAACGGCGUUGUGCGUCAGAUAACGAUUAACGAUUUGCCGGUCGGACGGUCAGUUGACGAAACCAUAAGAUUGAUCAAAGCAUUCCAGUUUGUUGAAAAGCACGGAGAAGUGUGUCCGGCCAACUGGGAACCGAACGCAAAUGCCGCCACAAUCAAACCAAAUCCGAAAGAGUCGCGCGAAUAUUUUGAAAAACAAAAUAAAUAGAUUUUGUUGAGAUGUAUUUGCACAAUACGAAAUACAGGUGAUUAAAAGCGGA